CCACACGCCCGGGGGCAGUGUUGACUCCGGAGACGCCCCGAGUCGGCCCGGAGGAGGAGGAAAAGAGGCGCUCCCCGGCUGAGGGUACGGCAGCGACGUGAGGCCUACGGUGGCCGCGGAGGGACGGCUACGGCUUCCAUGCUGGGCCAAACGCCUGCGGCUUCCCGGGCCGCAGGCCCCUUCUGCUAUGGGGCGGGCCCCGGCGGGGACGCUUAAGGGCUGGGUCGCGGGCCAGGCCCCGCCGCCGUCCCCCCGGGCGACCCCGAGUCCUCUCACUGACCUUCCGGGUCGCGAGCGCUCGGCGCCAUGCGGCCGCCCUGCUCCUGGAGCCCCGGGGCACAGGGGAGCCAGCGGACCCGGCCCCCGGCAUCGCCGCCCCCCGUCGUUGUCCGGGACGUCGGCGCCGGCGCAGAGAGGACACCCGGCCAGCGGCUCCCCGGAGGCUCCGCCCUGGGCUCCCAGGCCUAGGCGCCUAUGCUGACCGCCUGGACGCUGCUGCCGCCCCUGCCCCCGCGAGCUAGUGCGGCCGCCGGGUUCCAAUGCCGGUCAUCCCCAUCCCGCGGCGCGUGCGCUCCUUCCACGGCCCGCACACCACCUGCCUGCACGCGGCUUGCGGGCCGGCCCGCGCCUCCCACCUGGUGCGCACCAAGUACAACAACUUUGACGUCUACAUCAAGACGCGCUGGCUCUACGGCUUCAUCCGCUUCCUGCUCUACUUCAGCUGCAGCCUCUUCACGGCUGCACUCUGGGGUGCGCUGGCCGCCCUCUUCUGCCUGCAGUACCUGGGCGUGCGCGUGCUGCUGCGCUGCCAGCUCAAGCUCUCGGUGCUGCUGCUGCUGCUGGGCCGCCGGCGCGUGGACUUCCGCAUCCUGAACGAGCUGCUCGUCUACGGCAUCCAUGUCACCAUGCUGCUGGUGGGCGGCCUGGGCUGGUGCUUCCUGGUCUUUGUGGACAUGUGAGACUGCCGCCUGGGCCAGGUCAGGUCCGCGUGCCUCCCCACCCUCCAUUCGAGUCCUGGCACACAGAGACAAGGGCUGUGACUGGUUUCCGCAGAGGGGACGCCGGCACGUCCCUCGUGCGCGGCCUGCUUGAUCCCUCCCCUCCCCCUGUGCAGUCUGGUGCCGUGGCCCCUUCAUCCCUGCGUGGGCUCGUCUGUCUGCUCUGCCCUUUGAGAGCCGGUGUGUGUCGUCCCCCCCCCGUGCCCCAUCCCCUCUUGGGGACCACACCUGGUGGUGACGACAGGCAUCCCCAGUGCCUUGAGGCACCCUGAGACCCUGACUCUGCCCAGGAGCACCCUGGCUGGGUCUCCUGUGCCCUCCUGGCCACACAGCCCCUGCGUGCACCCCAGCCUGAGGGCCAUGUUGCGCCCAUACUGACGCACUGCCACGAGCUGACCCUGCCACCCAAGUCCAGCACAAGUGCCAGGCCCUGUGGGCAGGAGGCAUGAGUCCCAGCUUAGGGUCUGUGCAGGGCUGCUGAGGCCGCAGGCAUGGCUUCCCCGGCCAGGGUGCCUGAGCCUGCCCACGCUGGGCGGGGCCUUCGGGAGCGCAGAGCCCAGUGCUGCAGCCCUGGUCAAAGGGGGUUUCUGGGAAGGCAGCUUCGUGCCUCUCUGGCUUUGGGUCUUUGUCUUUGUGGAACUUUGAGAAUUGAGAUUGAAGCAUCUGGAGCACCUGGUCUCGACAGGCACGCUGCAUCCUCUGGGGACUGUGGGAAAACACAAGCAAAGCCCCUCUUAGGAGUCCCGGGUACAGGUUAGGUGGAGUCAGAGAAGGGCUCGUCUGCACCCUUCCUGCCUUGGUGGCUGUGAACACAUCUCAGGUGUGAAAGAACGGGGCGAGCAUGGGACGGGUGGGGGGGCUCACUCACUGGGGGCAAGGCGCCCGAGGCCCCCCUCAGGAGCAGGCACUGUGGGCAGGUGGCCGUGUGACCUUGGCUGAUAAUUCUGGGUAGUGAGGGUGCCUCACUGCCACGUGGCCUUUGACCCUUGACCCUGACCCCAGGCAGGGUGCGCUGUCAGGGCAGUUGUGGGCCGCCGGAAGAGGAACUUGGGAAAACCCAAAUCAGGUCGAGAAGACAGACGGUGCCUGAUGUGCAGCUGAGCGCUGAGUGCCACCAGCCUUGGCCUCUACUCGGGGACCGUCUGAGGACUGGGGGGCUCAUUAGUCUCAGUGUAUCACAGCCAGGAGCUUUACUUGUGGAGGUGCGCCGCCCCCCCCCCCAUUAGUCACUGCAGAGAACCUUUUGCACUAAGUUAUGCUGUUUCCUAAAAGAAACUUUGCUUUGUGCUAAUUAACUUGCAUUUCUCAGACCGCAGAGGCCCUCCCUGGCCGAGUGGGGGUGCGUGUGCAGUCGGGGCCGGCCGUGCACCAGAGAAUGUGUGCACGCUUGUGCAGGGGUCAAUGUUUCCUCGUUACCUUCUGAACACAGAGUGGCUCAGCGGCUUGAGUGCCUGUUAAAUUCUUUAUGAGAUGAACCACUUGCAUUAAACUUAUUUUUUUAAUGUUU